AUGGCCUUCUCCAGGGCUCCGCUCCGGCGCUUCAACGAGAGCUCCGUAUGUACCCCUCUGCGAGGAUCCUAUGAUGUUAAAUCUUCAGAUGCACUGAAAAGUUCUCUGCCCUCUGAAACAUGUCAACGGGUUAGAAAACAGAAGAGUGAGACAAAUCUGAACAGUGAGAUGAGUGCACCUACCCCUGUAACUGGAAGGAGACUUGCAUCUCUUGGAUCAACACCAGCUAAUAGAUCUCUGAAGCCUAAAAAAGAUCUUAUCCUUAUGAAAGAGAAAAAGAAACAGAAGAUACUGGAGAAGGAGAUUCGUGCAUUAGUGAGAGAGCGUGGAGAGCAGGACAAAAAACUUCAGGCUCUGGAUGAGGAUUUUGUUAAAAUUGAAGCAAAGCUGAGUGCUGCAGUUCAGGAGAAAACAUCUCUUUUGGCAAAUGUUGCAUGCCUAAAAAAACAGCUUCUGGACCUAACAAGAACCAAUGAACUACUGAAGUCAAAGCUGUCUGAAGAUGGUAUGCAGAAGAAAAUGAGCAGCCUAUGCGUGGAGUUAAUGAAGCUCAGAAACAAGAGAGAUGCUAAGGAAAAGACUGCACUUGCAAAGCAGGAAAACAUGGAAAUGAAGCUGCAGGAAGUGCAAAGGAAUCUUGAGCAUUCAGAAGGAAAAGUAGCGCAGUUAGAAGAAAAACUGUCUGCUACUGAGAGAGAGAAAGUUGAAGAAAAGUCUGACACUGAAAAACUCCUGGAAUAUAUUACAGAGCUCAGCACUGUUGCAGAAACAGUUGAGAAAUACAAACUAGAUGUUGCCCAGAUGGAGAAGACACUGAUAAAGAAAGACCAAGAUAUCAGGAUCCUGAGGGAUACCCUCAAAAUAAAAGAGGAAGAAUCAUUUAAACUGAUAGAAGAACUUAAUGAAAGGUGUCAAAUGCUUGAACAAGAAAAAGAGAAAGAGUUGUCUGAGAGCAGCGGAAAAUUCAUAAGUAUGAAUGCUGAAAUAGAAGACCUGAAAAAAAAAAUUAGCUUAAAAGAACAAGAACACCAAAAACUGCUUCAGAAACAUGAGGAGAUGGUGUCUCAGCUGCAGCAAGAGAAGGAGUCAUCUGCAUCAAUGCACCAGAAGUUACUAGAGUUUCAAGAUGAGAUAACAAGUGAGAGACGUCUUCUUGAAGAAGAACUGAGUGACACAAUGAAUGAGCUGAAUAAAUUACAUGCUAAGGAGAAGAAAGCUGAAAAGUUGGUGAAGCGGUUGGAACAAGAAAUCAAAUCUCAAGCUCUUGAACUUGCACAGAUGGAAGUAAAGUUGAAAGGGAAGAAUGCUGAGUUGGAGCAAAUCAAUGAAGUGCAUAGCAAUGCUGUUUUGCAAAUCCAAGAAGAGCAUACCAAUACAUUGCGUAAACUCGGGCAGACUGUUGCUGAGUUUGAAAGCUACAAGAAGACAAUAACUGAAGAAAUGUGCAGUCUUAAACUGGAGAACACCUCUCUGCAAGAAGAAGUUGCCAACCUAAAAAAAAUAGGUCAAGAUAAUCUACAGCUGCUUCAGGAAGCAGAAUACACUAAAAAUAAAGCAAAAGAAGAAUGUGCAAGGAUGCUUUUAGAAGUCCAGACAAAGCUUGCACUAAAAGAAGCAGAAACAGAGAGAACAAAAGAGUCUUGCCUUGCACAGAUGACUAAACUUCAGGAAAAACUGGAAGAGGAAACUGAAGAUCUGAAAAGAAAACUUGAAGUGGAAAGAUCAAGGAAAACCAUAAAUGAAGAUGUGACCUCUAGCUUAAAAGAAGAGAUAAAGACUUGGCGUAAUCUAUAUGAAGAUUUACAUAACAAAACUAAGCCUUUUCAGCAACAACUAGAUGCAUUUGAAGCAGAGAAGAGCGCUCUCUUAAAUGAGCAUGGUGCAGCCCAAGAAGAGCUGACUAAACUAAGCGAUGCAUAUGCUAAACUACUUGGCCACCAGAACCAGAAGCAAAAAAUCAAGCAUGUUAUGAAGUUGAAGGAAGAGAAUACCCACCUGAAGCAGGAUCUCUCAAAACUACGUGCGUUGCUAGCAAAAGAAAAGCAAACCAACAGAGAUCUUCAGGAGCAACUAUGUCUAAUUCAGGGCAUUCGGCGUUUUGAUCCUUCCAAAGCUUUCCAGCAUGAUAGCAAGGAAAAUAUUCCUCCAAAAACUCCUUUAAAAGAAGGUAAUAAAAACAAAAUUUAA